AUGGCCAAUUUCAACUGGGUGUCCCGCAUGCUGGGGUGGGAUAGGCACCCACGCCAUCACCACGACUUCCACUCGGACUGGAUCCGCGACGACCGAAGACGCCUCCUUCCGCAGUAUCGAAGCGAGCAUCUCGAGUCCGCGAUUCCCGCCCCCGAAGUCACAAAGAUUGCCCUCAGGCUCCGACACCUGAUCGAGCUGGCCGUCCCCUGCGAAUUGGACGAAGUGGAGAUCACAAAGGCGCAUAGCAAGAUCAUCACGACAAAGGUCAUCAAGGCCGCCAAAGAAGCUGGCGGCUCGCACUAUGGGUCGUGUGUCGUCUUCUGCUUGAUUGUUUGCAAGAGAUGGUUCAAGCACCAGGCCCUUGCCGAGCUUUGGGACGCCGACCUGCACCGAGUGCGCGCCGUCGCCUGCGAGGUCAUUGCUAAGCAGAUCAUCGAAACCGAAGACGAUCUCCAAUACCUCAUGCACUCGGUCCUCCUCCGCCGAUACUCCGUUGUCGUCGACGGCGAAUCCACUCCACCUGCGAACGCUAUCGAGAAGGCUGUCGAUCUCCAUGCUGUCAGGGUCAUUGGCUCAUCGGGAUACCAGAAAUGUAUUUCCUAUCUGUGGAAGGGUUGGCUAGUUCAGGACGAAAACGACCCCGCCGUAUUCGUCGACUACAAGGACAAAACGAAUCCGUCCUUCCUCGUCCACAUGGAUCCCGACCGCAUCCGUGCUCCCAUGUACCAGAAUGCCACGCAGGUGCUCAUCUCCUUGAUCUACAUUGGUCUCUACACUGCCGUCAUCAACUCGGUCAAUGCCAAGGGUGUGCUUGAUGCGGCUGAGAUCCUGCUGUACAUCUUCACUCUGGGCUUCAUCUGCGAAGAGGUCACCAAGUUCUGGAAGGCCGGCUACCACAUCUUGGGCUUCUGGAAUGCUUUCAAUGGUGUUCUAUACUCCUUCAUCACCCUGUCCCUGAUUCUGCGCAUCAUCGGCCUCACCCACGGCGAGGGCGAACCUGCGCGGAAAAUGUACAGCGAGCUGAGCUAUAACUUCUUAGCCUUCAGCGCGCCCAUGAUCUGGUCUCGCCUCCUGCUGUAUCUUGACAGUUUCCGCUUCUUUGGAGCGAUGCUAGUCGUACUAAAAGUCAUGAUGAAGGAGUCAAUCAUCUUCUUCGCCCUGCUUGCUGUGUUGAUUAUUGGUUUCCUCCAGGCUUUCAUCGGUCUCGACUUGGCAGACGACUUGGUGGCAGAUGACAUAACAUUCAUCAUGUCCGCCAUGGCUAAUGCCGUCAUGCAGAGCCCGGACUUUGACGGAUUCGACAGGUUCUCGCCGCCUUUUGGUAUCAUUCUGUACUAUUGCUUCACGUUCAUCGUCAUGGUCGUCUUGCUCAACAUCCUCAUUGCGUUGUACAACUCUGCAUACGAGGACAUUUACGACAAUGCCAACGACGAGUACCUCGCGCUAUUUGCCCAAAAGACGAUGCAGUUCGUCCGUGCUCCCGAUGAGAAUGUCUACAUUCCACCUUUCAACCUCGUCGAGAUGAUUGUCAUUUCUCUCUUCUGGUGGAUGGAGAAAUCCAAGUUUGAGAAGAUGAGCGACGUCAUCAUGGGAAUUCUCUACUCUCCGGUUCUUGUCGUCGCCGCCGUCUUUGAAACUCGCUCCGCGGCCGACAUCAGGAGCAACCGAGCGAGAGGCGAGGAAGACGACGACACGAUUGAGGAGUGGGAGCAGAUGAUGGACCAGGUCGAUUUCGAGUCUGACGGGUGGAACAAAGUCUGCGCCAGCGCGAAAACCAACCUGGAGCAAGAUCCUACGAUUUACGAGGUGCAGCAGCUACGAAGCGAGGUUGAAGAGCUCAAGAAGAUGCUGGUCGAGAUCUCCAAGGCUGUUUCGGCUGGAACCGCUGGGAACGGUCAGGCUCAGGCUGCGACCAACUUGAUUGAUCUCGGUGAGCCGGCGGAGAGCUCAAGCAAGAAGAAGAAUAAGAAGAAGGGCAAGAAGAGCAAGAAGGAGAAGAAGGCCGGCGAUGGCGCUCCAGCGGCAGCAGCCUCUUCUAGCUCGAGUGAUGAAGAGUGA